AUGUGUACUGCGUGGGUUUCUUUUUCCCUCUGUCAGCCACAGGAGAAUCCAAAUGAGCUGCACCUCUGUACCGGAAAUUACCUGUCUGAGAACAACGUCCUUCAACCCCGCUUCUGCGACGCGUUUUCUCCCUGUGCUCAAACUGCAACCCAUGAUGGAAAAAAAGCGCCUUGCAUGCUUGCUCCACCUCUGUGCUUAGUUCGCGAAGGAUCGCCGUGUGUUUCAUUCCCCUCACUUGGGCCAGCUGUCAAUGGCAAAAAUCCCUCACCCCAACGGACGCAGGCAGUGAGCGUCAGGCCCGUCUUAUGUGGCACCCGGUGCGUAUGCACCUCGGCCGGGUUUCCUGCAUAUGGAAGCCUUGUUCAUUCUAGAUCUCACCAUUCUCACCACUCCCACCACCAUCCCAGCAACUCGGUGAAUCGGAGAGAGAUGAUUGAAGGGCCUUUCCAAUGUAAGGGAGGUCGCCCCCGUCGCAGCUAUCUCCGCGGUGACAUGGAGCUGCGCCUUCUUCUUCCCCUUUCAAUCAUUUCAACCCCAGUGACAAUUGUGAUACUUGUUUGGUCCGGACCAAGGGGAUCUUGCAAUGAUUUGCAUCUUCAGCCUUUCCAGAGAAACCUGGUGAAUUCACAAGAGAAGACGGGUAAUUUCUGCAACAGUGGCUCUCAAUCUGAUAGUCAAAUUUCGAGAUCCCUGCGCGACUCAGCCGCUCCUGAUCAUUGCAUGCAACGACGGUUGGUACAUGGGACGGGGAAAAGAAAAAAAAAAAAGGAUCAAGAAUGCAGAGAUAGAGGGGCAGAUCUUGUGAGGGCCGCGCUCUCUCUGACAGUUUCUCCAGAGGCAGAUUCGAAUUUUUCCUGCACGCGAAUCGGCCGUCUCAUACACUUCAAAGUCUGCCUUGCCGUGGGGCCGAUAACCGUAUCCGGAGAGUUACCUCGAUCCGUGGCGAGGCACCACUGCCCAGCUGACGUGGCUUUGAUGAAGAAUACAUAUAGCGCAAAAUCGCAUCAGAGAACAAUUGACCAGCGAACUCCUUUGCUUUCUAUCUUUGCUUUUUUCUCCCAGGGUGUGAAUGAUUCCUCGAGCAGGAGCAGAAGAUGA